AUGAAGUGGGUGUAUCACAUUCUGUUCGCCUUCGUAUAUUAUGCUCUUCUGUUUGCUAUUCCAACCGACCAAGCCCGGUUGGACAUUUUUCGCGCACCGGAUGCAUUAGCCGAACAGCAAUCGGGACUCGUCACCUGGGAUGAAUAUUCGAUAUUCGUCCGCGGCGAACGGAUACUGCUUUUGUCAGGCGAGUUUCAUCCCUUCCGACUUCCUUCCCCUGGCCUAUGGCUCGAUGUUUUUCAGAAGAUAAGAGCACUGGGCUACUCCGGUGUUUCGUUCUACUUGAUGUGGGGAUUGUUGGAAGGGGCCCCAGGGCGUUUUCGCAGUGAUGGCGUCUUUGAUCUCCAAGUCUUCUUUGAUGCUGCCAGUCAGGCAGGAAUAUACCUGAUCGCUCGACCAGGGCCAUAUAUUAAUGCGGAAGUCUCAGGAGGCGGACUUCCCGGAUGGCUCCAACGCCUGCGCGCAGGCGUCAGGUCAGUGGCUCCAGACUACCUGAAUGCCACGAGCAAUUACAUCGCGAAUACCGGCAAGAUUAUCAGCCGGGCCCAAGUCACAAAUGGUGGUCCGGUUAUACUUUUCCAGCCGGAGAAUGAGUACACCAUGUGUUCGGGUUUCACGUCAAUUGAGGAAAUCAGUGCGUGCCUGGAUAAGAACUAUAUGUUCGCGGUGGAAAAACAAUACCGGGAGGCCGGAAUUGUUGUGCCAUUUAUCAGCAACGAUGCGGUGCCUCUUGGUAACUGGGCGCCAGGGACAGGGAGAGGUGCCGUGGAUAUUUACGGGUAUGAUGAUUAUCCGUUUGGCUGGGGCACUGGAUGUCAAAACCCUUACAAUUGGACCCGGAUAUUGGAUCCUUUGAUCCUGUCCAAUUUCUCCACACACCUAGCUAUGAGCCCAAAGACGCCAUAUGCCAUCAUAGAAUACCAAGGGGGCGCUCCUGAUCCGUGGGGUGGAGAAGGUGUCAGCACUUGUGCAGCCAUGAUCAGUGCUGAAUUUGCACGGGUGUUCUAUAAAGUAAACUUCAGCCUUCGCGCCACGGUUGUGAACCUCUACAUGAUGUUCGGAGGGACCAACUGGGGCAAUCUGGGGUACCCAUCUGGCUAUACGUCAUACGAUGUUGGAGCACCCAUUAGCGAAGAUCGUUUAUUGACGCGCCAGAAAUAUCACGAAAUCAAACUCCAGGGUCAAUUCAUGCAGUCCUCGCCGGCAUAUAUGGUCUCCCAGCCCUUACCUGCUUCGCGCAGGUACUCCAACGCUUCCAACUUGGUUAUUACGGUACUACUUGGUGACACCACCAAGUUCUAUACCGUUCGACAUGCCGAUUAUGGCGAACUCAAGUCCACAUUGUAUCACAUCAACCUAGACACUAGUUUGGGACAUUUCACCGUGCCUGUACUAGGUGGCUCCCUGGUUCUAAAUGGACGGGAUUCCAAGAUCCAUGUCACGGACUACCGAAUGGGGGAUGUCAGUCUGGUCUACUCGUCAGCCGAGAUAUAUACGUGGAAGAGGUCAGGAUCCAAAAUGAUCCUGUUGAUGUACGGCGGGGAGGCUGAACAGCAUGAAUUUGCGGUCUCACUGCCCUACAAUCAAGUGAAAAUCGAGGAAGGGAACGGAACCACAUAUCGCGGUAUCCACAAUGGAACCAUUGUCCAGUGGACGGUCAGUGCAGACCGCCAGGUCAUCAGCUUUGGUGAUAAGCUUGAGGUGUAUUUGCUGUUGCGAGAGCAUGCUUACAAUUACUGGGUGGUCGACUUACCACUUCCUCCGCCAAUUGGCCUACAUGUGUCGCCAUCAAGGGAAAACUCCUCGGUCAUCCUCAAAGGUGGAUAUCUUAUACGGAACGCGACUAUCUCCAAUAGAGUGCUGUCCCUCACUGGGGAUCUUAAUGCAACAACAGAAAUCGAGGUGAUUGCAGCCCCUCCAGCGUGUUGUUCCGGUCUUACGUUCAACAGAAAGAGCGUAGAGACCAGCGUGGAGAAUGGGCGAUUGAAGGGCCUGCUGAAGUAUGAAGCCCCGGGCGUUGCAUUGCCCAACCUUGCCGCAGCGAAGUGGCAGUACCUCGAUUCCCUCCCAGAGCUUAGCUCGCGCUAUGAUGAUAGCAGUUGGACCCUGUGUAAUCACCACUCAACUAAAAAUCCUCGGAGAUUGACCACACCUACAUCACUAUAUGCGAGUGACUAUGGCUAUCACGCGGGUUCCAUCCUCUAUCGAGGCCAUUUCGUUGCGAACGGGGCCGAGUCCUCAUUCUCCCUGUCCAGCCAGGGCGGUUACGCAUUCGCACACUCGGUAUGGUUGAACUCGACGUUUCUCGGUGCUUGGCCCGGAAGUCCUGCUGUACAAACGUACAAUCAGACGCUGCAUUUCCCCAAUCGCCUCGAGUCCGGGUCUUCCUAUGUCUUGACGGUUCUGAUCGACCAUAUGGGACUCGAUGCGAAUUUCUACGCGAACCUACAGACCAUGAAGGCCCCACGAGGGCUUCUGGACUACAGCCUCUCCAGCCACGAGGACAAGGCUGACAUUACAUGGAGGAUGACAGGCAACUAUGAAGGCGAGCGCACCCGUGACCUCAGUCGAGGCCCUCUCAACGAAGGAGCAACUUUUGCUGAGCGGCAAGGUUUCCACCUCCCGGGAGCGCCCUCUCAAGGUUGGCAGCAGAGGUCUCCUAUGGACGGCAUGUCGGGACCAGGUGUAGGAUUUUUUGCUACAACGUUCAAUUUGAGUUUCCCGCAUGGAUACGAUAUCCCAACAAACAUCAUCUUCACAAACAGCUCGGCUGUCGGGGAUCCCACCGCCGCAGGACGAUUUCGGAUAUCUCUGUAUGUGAAUGGGUGGCAGUUUGGAAAGUAUGGAGGCAAGGUCAUCUACGGUCCUUACCGGUCCAAAUUGCUCAACCUGUCCCAUUCUUACGAACACGAAUACGAAGAUGAUGUCAACAGACCGUCCAAUACAUCAUCCGUCGGCGUGAUGUUUAUCUUCCGAUUCGGCCCCUGGGUAGCUCUUACCCUGACCUUCGCCGUAUGCUGCUCCAGCAUCGGCACCAAUGACCAAUUUUCCAGGGACAUUGAUCCCGGAACUUUUCAAAACCCAUCAGCGGUCACAAGACCUCGAUUUCGUUACUGGCUUCCCGAUCCCAGUGUCGAUGAGCAGGUGAUGAGAGAUGACAUCAAGUCCGCCGGAGAUGUGGGAGCGGGUGGAAUAGAAUACCUGCCGUGGUACAACGCCGGCGGUUUCCUAGGCCCUGCACCUCCAGGGGAUGACUGGGGCAAGUACGGAGUCGGCACAGCUGCAUUUAACAAAUUGUUCCAGGCUGCUUUGGAAACUCAUCGGGACGCUGGUAUGGUGAUGGACUUUGCCAUUGGACCCAAUCAAGGGCAGGGCGUGCCGGCUGCUUCCAAUGAGGAAGGCCUUCAGUGGGAUUUGGUACCCUUCUCAGUGCCAGUUCCUGCCAAUGGAUCCUUUGCUGGAAUCAUCCCAGGUUGGGGAACUGGAGACCUACUGGCACUCAUUUCAGCUGAAGUGGUGAACAGAACCGAUAACUACACGACGUUAUCCUCUGUCCGAGUGCCCCACACUCGCCUCGUUCUCAAAGAAUCUUCACUCGCUGAUCGAACUGCUGAGGUGUCUGCCACCGGCCAUCUAUCAUUCACGUAUCCUAGGAGUCCCGAAAACCCCAUCUUCUGGUUGUUCGCAUUCUAUCAACGCUUAACAAAGGCUCAAAAUUUGAUAUUCUUCUCGAAUCAGACGGAAGCGGUUGUGGAAAACGGAGCAUACAUGGUUGAUCACUUCAGUUCCCGAGGCGCCGAGGUGGUGAUCGAUUUCUGGGAGAAAUACGUCCUGACUGAGAAUGUGAGAUCGCUUCUCUCUGAGGUGGGAAACUAUGCCUGGGAGGACAGUGUUGAGAUCAAAUCGAAUAUUUCUUGGUCUAAGUCGCUCCCCAGGCUGUUCGAGCAGAAGCACGGAUACAGUCUCAUCCAAUACUUACCAUUGAUCAUGUUUGGCAACAACAACAUUGCGAUUCAAUCAACCGAGCCAGGGCCCGUCGAAUGCAUUCUGGAUACGCCCGACGAAGGGGUUGGCUACGUCAAUGACUUUCGUGAUGCGCUGGUAGAGGGAUACAGUCAGUACCUGGAAAGACUGACAGAAUGGGCGACGACAGAUCUCAAUGUACAGAUGUCGGUUCAGCCCGCCUACAACCUUCCCAUGGACAUGGAGGCGACUGUCCCCAUUGUAAACGCACCCGAAUGUGAGAGCCUUGGUUUCCUUGACAACAUCGACGGCUAUAGGCAAUUCUCUGGACCGGCUGUCCUGGCAGGCAAGAGGAUCGUCUCCAAUGAGAUCGGCGCCGUGUCUCUAGCGGCAUUCCAGUACCAGGUCUCCAACCUACUGUGGUCUAUCAACCGCGCGGUUGCGGGAGGUGUCAAUCAGUUUGUGAUUCACGGCCUAUCUUAUACUGGCAACUACUGGGCAACAACCUGGCCAGGCUAUACCGCAUUCUCAUAUUUCUACGGUGAACUGUGGUCGAAUAAACAGCCAGCCUGGGAUCAUGGGUUCGCUGAUUUCCUGCAAUACGUCGGAAGGCUACAAUUUAGUCAACAAGCAGGUCCUCUGAAGACGGAUAUCGCUAUCUACGACAAGCAGUCCGCCACGGACUAUACCCUCCGCUGGCAUCCAGGAAAUAUGACUCAGCUCAUUGAUGCGGGCUAUAGUUAUAGUUACCUCUCACCCGAAAACUUUGGCCUUCCGCAAGCAUAUGUUGGCAACCAGACCCUUGGGCCUGAUGGACCAGCUUAUAAGGCCCUGAUUGUAUACAGCGCGUCAAACGUAACAUAUGAUGCGAUCGGCAAGAUGCAACAGUUCGCAGGGGCGGGAUUACCGGUCAUUUUAGUCGGUGGGGAUCCUCCUCUAUAUGCCAGUGCGGGCGCUCCCAGCCACCAAACCUUCGCAGAAGCCAUAUCUGAGUUAAAGCGCACCGAAAACGUCUUCGCGGUCUCCGAGAGCGAGCUGAUGCAUAAGUUAGCCUCUCUCCACCUGGAGCCUCGAAUCCAAGUACGGGCCAACAGCACGUGGUACACAACCUGGCGGGAAUCAGUCAGUGAAGAUGUCCAAUACACGUUCGUAUAUAACGAUGGCGAGGCCAGCACUGGCUACCUUGUGGUGUCCAGCAACAAAAUCCCAUAUCGGCUUGAUAUGUGGACCGGGCUUUCCAAGCAGAUCCUUGAAUACCAGCAAACCCGGUCCAAGACCAUCAUUCCACUAGCGCUAGAGGCAAACCAAACUGCACUGAUCGCCUUCGUUGGACCCUCCGUCCAUGGAUGGCGUGGAUCAGUGGUCCAUGCCGUUGAAACCCCUUCCACGGUCCAAGAGUACCUAUACAGCACGAAUACCUCCGACUCGGUUGAGCUUCAUAUCGCAGCCGGGCCAAUCGACCAGCCCCUCGUCCUCUCCGAUGGCCGAAACUACACAGUCCGACCCGAUCGGACGGCGGCGAGCAGUUUCACACUUGACAACUGGUCCCUCACGGCAGAACACUGGGCUGCCCCUGACAACUUGUCCGAUGCCUCCCAGAUCGCCUCCAAGUUCAACACCACCUACCAGUUGGACGCGCUCAUCCCAUGGACCCAAAUCCCAGGGCUCACGAAUGCAUCUGGACUAGGGUAUUACAGCACCAGCUUCGAAUGGCCACCUCGCACGGGUUCGGCGGACGGCGCAUAUAUUUUGAUUCCUCAGGUCCUUCAUACCCUUCGUGUGAAGGUCAACGGUCACCAAACACCGCCAUUCGACUACAAUGCGCCCAGGGUGGACAUAAGCCCUUACCUGCGAACGGGCCAGAACGAGGUCAUAAUCGUGGCUCCCACCGUAAUGUGGAAUUACAUCCGAAGUAUAUUUGACAGGAUCGUGAUGGCAGGCUAUCCACCGCUGAUCAGCCUCACAGACCCCGGGCAUUUACCGGGGCCCGUUGAUAGCGGACUAAGUGGCACCGUGCAUGUGGUACCAUACGUGAAAUGGCAAGCCAAGCUCUGA